UUUGGGUUCUCUUUGGACAUUGUUCAACGCUCCUGUAAACUAGCUGCAAAAAGAGACCCAUACGUUGAUUACAAGCUCUGUGUUAAGAGCCUACGAGCCAACCCCAGUUCAAAAGAUGCAACGUUCAAGGAUUUGGUCCUGAUUUCGAUCGAGCAAUCGAAGGCUAAUGCGACGGCAAUUGGGUCGGAGAUUACGGGGCUCUUAAAGGGCGGUGGGAAAUGGGGGAAGUAUUCGACGAGUUGUUUGGAGAGCUGUUUGGAGGUUUAUUCUGAGGCUGUUUCGGAUUUGAAAUUGGGUUUGGUUGCUGUCAAAAUGGGGGAUUAUGAAACUGCAAAUACAGAGGUGAGUGCCGCCAUGGAUGCACCUUUGACUUGUGAAAAUGGGUAUAAUGAGAAGGAUGGGGAAGUUUCUCCUUUGACAGAGAAGAACGGUGGGUUCUUUCA